AUGACCGGAUACUCCUUCGUCUACGCCACCACGCUGAGCGGCCUGCAUCUCUCCUUCGCCACUCUCGCCGGGCUGCUCUGCCUCUGCCUCGCGCGCUUCCUCCCUCCCUCCUCCCCCUCCCCUUCCCUUUCCUCCCCCGCACCCCUCUCUCCCUCCGCCUCUCUGAUCCCCCCUUCCGCCGCGCCUCCCCCUGCCCCGGUCCCCACGCUGCCCGCGUGGGAGGUGGGGCGCUUCACGCUGCUGUCCAACGUGUGUGUCGUCACCACCAACUUCGCCCUCCUCGCCAACUCCGUGGGGUUCUACCAGAUCAGCCGUCUGGCGAUCAUCCCUUUAACCUGCGCGUUUGAGGCGCUGCUACACGGCAAGGCCUACUCGCCCCCCACGCUGGCAGCGGUGCUGGUGGUGCUGGUGGGAGUGGGUGUGUGCACGGUCACUGACGUCACCGUCAGCACGUUCGGACUCGUCACCGCCGCUGCUGGCGCUGUCUCCACAUCCCUGCAACAGAUUGUGAGUGUAGUUUGCUUUCUUUUCCUUCCAUACGCAUUUUUCCCUUCUGCCGUCCCUGCUGUCUCUGUCUUUCUCCCUGCCCUCCCACCCCCUCCCCACCAUGCAGUCAGUGGGAGAGUUGCAACAGCGCUAUGCCCUGGGCUCAUUCGACCUGCUCAUUCAGACCUCUCCCCUGCAAGCAAAUCAGUGGGCGAGUUACAGCAGCGCUAUGCCUUGGGCUCCUUCGACCUGCUCAUUCAGACCGCCCCUCUGCAAGCAGCCUCGCUGCUGCUGCUGGGACCCGCUGUGGACUACCUCCUUACAGGCUACAACGUCAUUCACUACACCCUGACUGCUGAUGCCACUGUAGGUGCUGCUACAACCUGUCUUAAAUCAAACUGUAUUCCCCAGUAG